UCGCGCACACGAAGGGUGCGGGCCGUCCUGGGGGUUGAUUGUUGGUACGGAAUUGGUUGGUUGGCUGGUUUCGGCAGUCUCGCGACGGAUCGUCGUUGCGUCGCGAUUCAACAGCUGCUGGCGAGAAGGUGCUUAAGCGGAGAGUAUGUGAUUCCGAAUCGGCAAAUAUCUCGCGCCCGCUUCAAUCACGGCCUGACGACGCUUCGAGCGAUUUGGACCGCGCUCGAAUGCGUAAUCGGCAUUGUUCUCUAGAGCGUACCGUCAACUCCGGACUCUUAACGUGAUGCUAGCCACGUCGAAUGGAUCGAAGCGCUACGUGUUGGUGCGUGUGGUGCCGGAGCGAUAGAAUUGAAAUUAUCUGGACCGAUACGGAAGUUAUCUGAUCGAGAAUACCUGAGUGAAUAUCAUUAUGCACUAUGUGAUACGAGGAGACAACACUAGAUAAGGAGUUGGAUGUUUUUCGCGUGUUGAGGGCGCGAGGUGAAAGCAGAUGGUUUCCGACGAGAGCAAGAAAUAGAAACUCGGGGAUCGAAGAAUCGUCGUUGAAUGAUUCUCCUUUCCCAAGACGAUUCGUAGCAUAUGCGACGAGGACGUUGAGGAUUCCGCGCGAGUCGGCGACUCCGAAGGCGGUGCAUCGAAUCAUCGUACCCUGGACGCCGAUGAUUCCAUCAGGAUCAUUCACUGCCGACGAUUCGAGCUCGUCGAUCGUCACCGAAGCGUCGUGUAUACGCGCGUGUUGCGCGAUAACGACGAUCAGUCGCCAGAUUGGCAGCUCAGCGUCAACGCGGGCAACGUAUGCACCUGAGAAUGGAAGUGAGAGUUUGUUCGGAGCCAAUCAGCAGCAGAAGCAGCAGCAGCAGCAGCAGCAGCGCGAUAAUAGUACUGAGUCGCUAUUCUGAAUUCGAAACGGCGGACGAGGAGCGCAAGCCGCUUGGAGGGUGCGGGAUUGGAGGUGGCGGCAAACCGUACCGGAAGCUGUGGGAGUGGGUGGACGGUAGCGACGGGAUAAGGGUGGUGGCGGCGGCUGCGGCGGCGUUGGCGGCGGCGGCAGCGCGGAAAGGGGUACAGGAGGGUAAGCGCAAAAAAUUGCCGGCGGCAGCGGCGGCGAGGACGGAGGGCCGAAGGACAGGCAAGAAGGCGGCGGCGGCGGCGGCGGUGAACGGGAAAGUAAAGCGGAAAUCGGAAGCGGAAGAAGAAAGGGGUCGUCCAUCGGUAGGAGGGGCCCACAGAUGCGGGGGCCGCAGGGGCCAGUCCGCGGCGGCGUGACGCGAUGCGGACGUCCUCCUCCUCUUUGCCGAGGAAGAGGAAGAGGAAAGACCUCUCGCCUCCCGACACCGUCCUUCUUACCGGCGACUGGCGACCGUCAGUUAAACAUGUCUUUCGACAGCACUGUCUUCCGCAGCUCGAUAUUAUCGUAUCAGAUCGAACGUGGUACGAUAUUCUUCACCGGGGACAGAAUGUUCGCUCGACGUGUCAUGAGGUUCCUGGGAAGCUGGGGAAUCGCCAGACAAACGGGAUUUCCGGUGAACGAUGCUGUGAGCGAAGAAAGCGGAAAGGAGGCAAAUGCGACAAGGGAAGUGACGACGAAGAAAAUAAACAAGAAAGACGACGACGAAGUGCGAAGGAUAUCGCGAGUAAGGGGACUCUUCGAAGAGUCCCAUCUGAUGGCGGUAUCGCCAAAAGCGUCUUCCUGCUGGCGCUUCUCUGUGUCCAGUGCUGCCUGGCAGGUACCGAAGCCCUGGCCGGCACUCAAAAGUACUGUACCAGAACAAUUAAAACGCGAUACGGUACCCUGCGCGGCAUCGAGGCCAGAUCGUCGACGGCCGUCGAGACUUAUUACGGCGUGCCGUACGCGACGCCGCCGCUCGGCGCGUUGCGUUACAUGCCGCCGGUUACCCCGACACCCUGGCGCGGCAUCAAGUUCGCCGAUACCAUGCCGCCGGCCUGCCCGCAGCGGCCACCGGUACUGGACCAGAACUUGCCGCGGCAGAGACAGGCCUACCUCAACAGGCUGGUGCCAGUACUGGCCAAUCAGAGCGAAGACUGCUUGUAUUUGAACCUCUAUGUGCCCAAAGCUCCUCACGGUAGUAUCGCGGACUCCCUACCGGCUCUCCUCCUUAUUCAUGGCGAUUCAUAUUCGUGGGGCGCCGGAAAUUCAUUUGACGGAACCGCCCUGGCUGCUCACGGACGCCUUAUUGUCGUCUCUAUCAAUUUUCGUCUUGGUGUGCUUGGCUUCCUGAAAACCGGCUCGAAAGGAAGCGCGCAGGGCAAUUAUGGAUUGAUGGAUCUGGUGGCGGGGCUUCAUUGGCUGCGCGAGAAUCUUGGGGCUUUCGGUGGCGAUCCUGAGCGACUGGCGUUGCUGGGCCACGGCACCGGGGCGGCUCUCGCCAAUUUUUUAGCCGUCUCUCCUAUGGCGAAAGAGCUGAUCGGGAGGGUGAUUCUGCUCGGUGGUUCGGCCCUCUCGCCAUGGGCGGUGCAGCGAGAUCCGUUGAUGGUGAAGCGUCGCGUUGCCGAGAAUAUCACAUGUCCCGGUGACGUUGAGACCGACGAUAUCGCACCGUGCCUUCGUUUAAAGAGCGUGGAAGAGCUACUGACGGUGCAGCUGGAUCCGCCAAGAUUUACUUCCGGAUUUGCACCUUUCGUCGAUGGGACUGUUCUGCCACCGACAGUCAAUCAGAAUUUCCAGCCUACUGCCUCUUCUUCGGGACUAAUGCCGAUCGUACCUGGGCCCGGCGCUGAAUUCGCGGACUUCGGCAACCGUGAUUUACUUUUUGGUUUGACAUCCGAUGAAGCUUGGGUGAAUCUCACCGAGGAAGAUUUACAGAACGGCUUGAACGAGACGAGGAGGGACCGUAUAUUACGCACUUACGUCCGGAACACCUACCGGUACCAUUUGCAUGAAAUCUAUUCGACUCUUCGGAACGAGUAUACCGACUGGGAGCGAGGCGAACAGAGUCCCGUGGCGAUCUGCGAAGGUCUCUUAUCUCUCCUCGGAGACGGCCAAGUCGCCGCGCCACUCCUCAGACUGGCCUUACUGCAUUCGGCUUCGGAGGGACGUGGCUAUUUCCUGCAUUUCCAGCCGGGUGAACUGCCGAGCCAGAGGGGCGAGGAGAUACCAUAUCUCCUGGGUAUACCUCUUCUUCGCGGCGAAGUCACGUCCGCGGUGCCCACCUUUGGCAACUACACCCCAGCCGACGAGAAUCUGUCGAAACUACUUGUACACUACCUGGCUAACUUUGUGAGACGUGGGGAUCCAAAUGGCGCGAGUCCUUUGUCCUCGGGAUUGGAAAACGGCCUGGCGACGAGUCCGCCGUUCUGGGACUCGUACGAUUCCAUAAAUCAGCUGUACUUGGAGGCCGCUCAUAGCCCGGAGAUGCGUUCGCACUACAGAGGCCACAAGAUGUCCCUCUGGCUGAAUCUGCUGCCGCAGCUACAUCGGCCGGGUUACGAGCUCAAUAUGCGGCACCAUCAUCUCGCGGAGAACUCCGGUCUCUACGAAGGCCCGGUGCGUCCGCAGAGUACGGCCGUGCCUAUACCAGCACCUCCGUUACCAAUGCCAUCACCCACGGAACCCUCUUCGAUACUGACUGCGCUAUCGACCACGGAAUGCACCCCGAAUGCGACUGUCGCGACGACCAUCACGCCUACCACUUCGCGAACAUUGCAGAUCUCGAAUCUAGGUCCGGGCCCCAACAACCUUCUGCGCAAACUUGCGUCCAGUCAUUAUCAGAGCUAUACCACGGCUCUUACAGUCACUAUCGCAGUGGGUGUGUUCUUGCUGCUGCUCAACAUCCUAAUCUUCGCGGGGAUAUACCACCAACGCGACCGGAAUACACCCAGUGGCGGUCUGACGGGCACUUUUAGCAACAAGAAGAAGGAGGAGUUCCUGGAGGCUGGUUGCUCUGGCAUGGACACUUCGGGUAAACAGCGACUACCGUCUUCCAUGAGCAUGAUAGACUCGUCAUCGUCGAUGCUGCCACCGCACAAGGCGAAGCUCGUGCAGGAGCUCGAGUUGCAAUUGCAGGAGUUUCAGUGUUCACCACCGCCCGGCGGUGGUAAACGGAUCCUGGAACCGCCAUCCUACAGUAAGAGUCCGUGCAUUCAGCGGACCCGCACGCCGUCGCCCUGUGUAGACGCCACUAUCGCCCAGAUGGAUGAAGUCAACCUGAGCGGUCUUCAUCACGACAGCGAGGACGAUAACGAGGACUUGCCGGAACCACCGCCCCCGCCCAAGGCUCCGGCACCAAACGUCGGUCUCACGUGCCCUGGAAUUCUGCGGCAACCCGGGACACCUGGUAGCGCGAAGAAGCGCGUGCAAAUUCAAGAGAUCUCCGUGUGAUAGAGUGCGGGAUCUCGGUCUCUCGAGAUCUUUGAUGCUGGAGGGUGUGGUUCGUCGUGAACGAGGCGCGACGAGAGGACAGCAUCGAUCGAAAUCGAGUAUAUAUAAGUGAGGGGCGCCUUUGAACUCUGAUUAUUAUCGGGAAUACACUUCCCAAGGCGCGAGAGUCACGAUCUUCUAAGUCAUUGUUGAAGCGAAUUUCGUUCCUCAUAAUCUCGUGAGAUUAUUACUUCCUUGUAUUCCGUUUGAAGAUAAAUAGCACGUUCUCGCGCUCACGUGUUCAUUGAGUUCGAUUAACUUGUGCGAGAUGAAAGCGCGAUCCCUUUGGCGUGUUAAUAUAAAUUCUCUCUUCUCAAAACUGUUCUUGCUCUUAGAACUUAUUACAGACUGUUAAACACACUACAGAAACGCGUUCAAGCUUACAAUCCUUGUUGUUCGAAUGAUUCUCGUCAGAAAUGGAUGCCAACGUACGUAGCAUUUCGCGAUUGAAGAAAGUGAAACAUAAUUUUUACUCGCUCCGAACGGAGUUGUACAGUGCCGUGUGUGUAUGUGUGUGUGUGUGUGUGUGUGUGUGCCCAUGUACAAGUCAGCGUUGAAAGUGUGUUUUAUUUGGAGGGGUUUUGUACCGAGUCUUUCGGUUGGUGAUCCACAUCGUGUAACACAAUUUGGUGAACGCGCAAACGGGCACGUAAACACAUAAGAGAACAUACAGGAGGUUCGUAGUAGUCCCUUUGUAUCCGAGACGUGAAUCUUCGUCCGUCCAUUAGGGACGGCAACGUCUGGCGCUUGAAAUUCACGGAUCGGCCGACCCUUAGUUCACUGACUCUUCAGACGGGUCUGGCGGUCGUUGCGGCGCAAGUGUCGCGUAAACGGGGGAUUGACGUAAUCUCAGGAAUAAAAUGAAUGCUAAAGACAUCUCGCCAUAAGCAUACACGAUGUCCAUCAUGGUGCUCGGGCUAACUCAAGCCCGAAAUCUUGCCAUAACACUAAAUGGAAUUAAUUGAGGAAUUGGUAGUCUUGGGCUUCAACUUCUAGGUUCAUAAGACGACAAGAAUGACUAGCUACUGACAUGUAUGUUCGUGCGAGAGAGUGUGCGGGAGAUAUAGACGAGAAGAAUAAAAGAGUGAAAAGGAAAGGGUAAAAAGAAGAGAGGAUGUGGUUAAAUAGUGGAGAAAGGGAAACUCUGUGAGAUGUUGGCUUUCGUUAGCGUAAUUGGGCGUGUGUGUGUGUGUGUGUAUGCAGCCUUGUGCAAGGAAUUAGAACAUAUUUGACACGAGAUAGGGUUAUAUGAUUUAACGGCAACGGGGAGUACUUAAGAGGAUACAGGUGACUCUCCAGUAGUUGUUUCGAAAAUUGUCGUAUAACGUGAAAUUUGCGAAAAGAAUUCGAUAUGCGAAGUUUUAGCGUUCCGUUGAGACGACCGCGUUAUACACUCGAGACAUUUUUACGAUGUAUACAUUUGUCAGGAAGUAUUGUGAUACGAGUUUUCUUCGACUUUAAUAGUCACCCCGAAGGUAGGAGGAAGGAUAAAGUUGCGUUGUUUCCAAAAGUUAUAAAUUUGCUACAACUUUUUGAUGACUGCUAUAAAAGAAAGGUGUUUAGGUAAGAAUUUCUACUUUCGAUCAAUUGGAAACUGGUCCAUGUGUAAGCGUUCUGAAUUAUUCGUAGUAUGUCAAUUUGAGUUUGCAUUCGGUUAAAGCUAAUCUAUUAUUACGCUUUUAUUAUUUACUUAAAUUUUUAUUCGCUUUUAUUUAUUCACAGAUAUCUUUUCUUUCAAUAAUUUAAAAAUUACUGUUUAUUUUCGAUCCCUUGAUAACAGAAUUGAAUACAAAUUCAAAUUUGUCGUUGAGAGUCACCUGUAUAUUGUAAGUUUUCGUGCAAUAUUGGAAAUAUGGAGUAGUUGGAAGGCGAAAAGUAUUCGGGUCCAUUUUAAUUUUUAUGUUUUCCUUCGGGGUGCUUAGACGUAUCGAUCGGCCACUAAUACACGAUUAGUAUUUUGAGUCUGAUCGAAUAUGUUCAGUACUAUUGAUAAGAGUUAUUUAUUACAAUCAUUAAAAUUGUUUAUUAUAAAAUGGUCUAAGAGAAUAUAUAUCAAAAUGUAUAUUUAGCUUGUCUUUAUGGAAGAUUAGCUCGAAAGGGCGUUUAGGAUCAAAAUUUACCAGGUCUCGAGUCUAUGAAAUAUACUUUAAGGAUGGCAUUAGAUAUUGUUGCAAAAUUUCCCGAAGAAAUUGUUAUUGAAGUAUAAGUCGGACAUUUUGUAUGUAAAAUAAAAUAUAUAAGAAUUUUUCGGAGGCUAGGCAAAUUUUGAUCUUGGUUCGUUUCGUCAACGGAACCCAUAACGCUCUUCGGCGAAAUGUAAUUUAAAAAGUGGCAAGAAUUGAAUCUUGAAUUGAUAGUCCCAGGAAACACAAGUCCGUCGCAAAAGUAUCAGAGUACAGAGACGGACAAGCGCUGUCGUCGUAAGCACCCCUAUGACCGUAAGACUUUUCGAGUAAUUAAAAAGAAGAGAAACCACGCGAGGGGUCUAAACUAAUUAACCUAGUCACAGAAAAACUUGCCAUAAUUGAUUCGAUUGCACUCGCGUGUGUUAUCGUCUACUGGCAGGAUGUCGAUGAUAUUAAGGUAUAUCAUCAAAGAUGGGGGUGAAGAGAGUAUCGCGCUAUAUAAAAUCGGGGAGCUGUUCGAUCGAUUCGCGAAACUUUGGGGUAAUAAACAAUUGUUUGUUGAUUUUGAAUACGAAUUUGGAUCGUCAAGUUAGCUUCAUUUGCAUCGUAACUAAGGCUCAAUGUCAUUUGUGCGGCUAAAAUUGAGCCCCGUGAGAACUCCUUACUGUUACCGUUCCUCUCGUCUGCAAAUUCUUCAGUCAAGCGACUUCUUUUCUCGACUGGAAUAUUGAGAUUUAACUCU